GUCACAGGUUGUUUUUUUACCGUGAUUGAGAAAGGGGAGUGUGUAUUUGUGUGUGAGUGAGUGAGUGUAUAUGUGUGGGGUUGUGGGGGGAGGGGUAAAAUCGGUCCAUUUAGAUGUUUGUUUUCUCAACGGGCAAGUCAGAGAGAUGUUUACGGAGCCAGAACCUUGACGUGAAGAAAGAGAGAAAAACACCCCACAGACAGCCGCGCGGUGAAGAGGUGGCGGGGUUUCCUUCCAUCCGCAGGCGGCGGCGGGGGAGGGGGCUGGGAGGGAAGCACCCGGUACAAUGGCGAGUUCGCCCAAUUAUUACCACCAGGAGCAGUUAUUACUACACCGGCACUACAACAACAGCGGGGACAAUGAAAACGACCGACGCGCCGGGGAUACGGCUACGAGGAGAAGAACGACGGCGACCAGGACAGUAACAACAACAACAACGGCGGCGGCGCCAGGAUUAUUACCAGCAGCGUCGUCGUCAACGGUUAGAAGCGGGCACGCGACGACGGAGCUGGCACAGCGCGAGAUCCCGGUCGAUCAGCAGCCCCCGGCACGGCUGGAGCGGGGGAUUAACGUUACACAGCCUUGCAAUGUGCGCGAUGCCGCCGUCAGCGACCACAACAACAGCAGCAGCAGCAGCGCGCGCGAGCCGGCGGUUGGCUCCACGCAGCGCGAGACGGUUGCCCCCGCGGGGCGCGAGGUCUCGGCGGCGCGAGCGGCAGCGGCGGCCAGCACCACCGCGACCGCCACCACCUCGACCACGAUGGAUUGUUACGAGGACGUGAAGAAGUACGGCUACAUGAGGAAGCAGAAACACGGCCACAAGCGCUUCUUCGUCCUGAAGGGGCAGAGCCACCUGGGUCCGGCCAGGCUCGAGUACUACGACAGCGAGAAAAAAUGGAGAAACCGAUCGACCGCCCCCAAAAGGGUCAUCCUCCUCUGUCAGUGCUUUACGGUCAGCAGGCGAGCCGAUGCGAAAAGUAAAUACCUCGUAGCCCUGUACACAAAAGAUGAGUACUUUGCCAUGGUGGCAGAGAACGACCAGGAGCAAGAGAGCUGGUAUUUGGCCAUAAGUGAACUAAUGAAUGAAGGGAAGAAGGCACCGCUGGAGCCCGACGAAGUCGAGAACUAUAGUAAUUUAACUCCAGGCACCGUCUUCAAAGAAGUGUGGCAAAUUAAUGUGAAGCCCAAAGGGCUGGGGCAAACCAAGAACCUGACGGGGGUGUACAGGUUGUGUCUUUCUAGCAAGAUGAUCCAUUUUGUUAAAAUCAAUUCUGACGUGCCUUCUGUGCAUUUGCAGCUGAUGAACAUCAGGAGGUGUGGUCAUUCUGAGAACUUUUUCUUCAUUGAGGUUGGCCGUUCUGCCUCUAUUGGUCCUGGUGAGUUGUGGAUGCAGGUGGACGACUCAGUAGUGGCUCAAAACAUGCAUGAGACGAUUUUGGAGACAAUGAGAGCUUUGAAAGCUUUUACUGAGUUUCGUCCCAGAAGUAAAAGCCAAUCCUCUGGAACAAACCCCAUAUCAUUUUUGACUCGAAGACAUCUUGGUAAUUUACCACCAAGUCAGACUGGAUUGCAAAGGCGCUCCAGGACUGAGAGCAUGACUAGUGCCUCUGCAUCAAGAAGUGAAGCAUAUCGUUUUCGAACAUCUAGUGAAGGUGAAGGUACAAUGACACGACCUUUUGGAUCUGUAACUGGAAGUUUAAUCCACUUAAAUUCCGCAAGGAUGGGCUUAAGCAGGGGUGACGGAGGUGGAAGAUAUGUAAAGCCGCCUUUUGGUCCCUCGAACCAUAGUCGGUCGGUGUCUCUGCCUGUGACAUACCUACCAUCUACAACAAGCCCUGUAAGUGUUUCUUCCAGCAGUGGACAUGGUUCUGCAUCUGAUCCUCUUACACGACCAUCUAGUUCAUCCAUUUGUGGUUCUCCAAGUGACGGUGGAUUUAUUUCCUCUGAUGAAUAUGGAUCAAGCCCUGGGGACUUUAGAUAUUUCCGCGUACGGAGUAAUACACCAGAUUCACUUGGUAAUACGCCACCUAUUCAAGAAGAAAACUGCUUGUGUGAUUAUAUUUCAAUGGACAAACAUUUAAAUGCUGUAAAUCAUGAAGGCAGAGCAAGAGAUGAUUAUGUGGUUGCUGAGAAAGGGUACAGAAAGAGAACCCAUUCUCUGACCAGUUCCGGUGCCGUCGUAAUGCAUCAAAAAACGACGCAGACAACUUCAUCUUUGGAUGAGUCUAAUGUUGAUUCAAAUGGUGUGGUUAUUAAUAGCCAAUUGUCAUGUUCUGCCUCACCAAAGUUGACCUGUAAUUCUUACCAUGAAGAUUACAGUGAUAUUGAAAUUGGGCCAUCAGUAAACCAAAACCAAAGCAAAGCAGGAGGUGAUGGUUAUAUGCCAAUGAUGCCUGGUGUUGCAUCUGUUAGCCAUAAUAGAAGCCAGGAUUAUAUGCCAAUGAAUCUUAAAAGUAUUUCUGCUCCAAAACAAAUUGGUUCUUUGUCACCAAGUCAAAUAGACUCCAGGGGAUACAUGGUGAUGACCCCCAAUGAUAGCAGCUCUCCAGUGCGAUGCUUGUUUACGGAGUACAGUUCUAAACUCGGGAGCAACAAUGAAAAAUUAUCUAGUGAAUAUAUGGAUAUGUCCCAGAGAAACCUGAAUACACAGAAAUUAUCCAAUAAUUGCUUCUAUAGUAUCAGUGGACCUGAUGCUUCUAAAUCCUACAGCUCAUAUUAUUCGUUGCCUCGAUCAUUCAAAACUCCUUCAGAGGAAAAUAGUGAGCAUGAUGAGUAUGUUCCUAUGUGUUCACCAGGAAAGUUGAUGUAUGGUGAAACAUCAGUGUUUACUGGCACUAUUGGUAACAGGGGUUUAGUUCAUGAUACUUCUCAAUCUUCAAAGACACAAAGCCAAGAUGAGCGUGUUUUACAGAAAGGAAAGGUUGAGAGACCAACAAGAUUGUCCCUUGGUAUGCCAGAAGUAAACAUUUUGCCAAGACUGUUUGAGCAUAGUUUGCUGCCAGAGCCAAAAAGCCCAGGGGAGUAUAUUAACAUUGCUUUCAAUGAAAAAGCUAGUAAUACACCAUAUUCUCUAUCAGCUGAAGGCUCCCCAUCUUCACUUGGCUCCAGUAGUGAACACAGAAGGUCUCCAUUGUCAGACUACAUGAGUGUUGAUUUAGAUGUACUAUCACCAAAGCCAGGUAUUCUUUCCUCAAAUCCUUUGACUAGUAUGACCAUUGCUUCACGUUCUAGUAUAACCAGAAGCCAGCCAAAUGAUGCCUACAUCAGUGUUCCUCUUGGUGCCACAAGUGUCAACACACCUGCUGAGGUGGAUGAUUACACAGAAAUGACAUUUAAUUUGGCAGUAACAGCCUCUCGUCCUGUUUCACCCAAGUCGAACAGUGUAGAGGUGACAAGUCCUACAGCCAUUGUGAAGAGGUUGUGCAUUAUUGAUCAAUAUGCAAGUAUAAAUACAUUUCCUGUCUCCAAACCUCCCUCUGAUGCCAGUCACGGUCCGAAGGUAAUCCGUGCUGAUCCACAGGGAAGAAGGCGGCACAGCUCGGAGACAUUCUCAUCUACGCCCACAAUGGCACCCUCUUCUCCCUUUUUUGCUGAUGGUGGCAAAAGACAUAGUUCUGCUUCAUUUGAUAAUGUUUGGCUUAAGCCAAAUGACUGCCUUAGUGAUGAGCAUCGGAGUACCAUGUGCAGAAAUACGUCUGCUGGAUUUCAGAAUGGAUUGAACUAUAUUGCAUUGGACUUGAGGGAAGAUCACGGAUGUUGUGAAUCAAAUGGAAGUGUGCAGACUUCAAAUCCCCUCCAAAUUGCCAGCAGCGCAGACUCUAGAGGUUAUGCCAGCAUAGACUUUACCAAAUCGGAUGGGCUGAAAUAUGCAUCUACAACUGAAGACUAAAUACAUCAACGUGGUUUAAAUCCGUGUCCACAGAGGAAAGGGCUGAAUGCACCUUUUUCCCAAGGUACCUACCAUGCAGUUUUAGAACUUGCUGGAUGGAAUUGGUACUGUCUGAAACAGUCACCUUAUUGUAAGAAUACACAAGACCUAUUUCCCGUGAGGACGAAUGGGAAAAGCCAACCUGAAUCUCAACAGAAACACAAAUUGCUGCCUUUUUGGUACUUCCUUCAACAAAGACACCACUUCCUGCAAGUUUCAGCUGAGCAAAAAAAGAAAAAGAGCCAUAGCUAAUGUGAACCUAUUUACCGAAGUGUUUUCAAUUUAAUUGCAUGUAAACAAGUAACAUUUAAAUGUUUUUUUUCUAAUACAGCUGUUCAUAAAAAUACCUGCUAUUGAUCAUCUUUAAAAUGUUCCCCAGGACAAACAAUGAGCUUUUUAUUUUGACUAGUGCUAUAAAGGUAAUCAAUUGGUGUGACUGCUACCCAUCCCUGAUGGAGCAUGAAAAAUGUUUCUCAAGUGGUUUGUAUACAAUGUUGCAACCAAUCAUAGAACAUCUAUAUCCCAUGCCAUACUUUAAAGUAUAUUCUGUUUUUCUCUGUAUCCAGACUGGAGUAUUUUGGAGUGGGAGCAGAUUUUUAAAUUAACUCUUAGCAAGGGCUAGUGGGUUUACUAGCCCCUUAAGUACAUGCAUUGCACCUUUGAAAAACGAAUGUGGGGUAAUUGAACAGAGUCCCGGAGUAUUAAGCAGCUUUUCAGAAGAGUGUACAUAGUUCUUUGCUUUCUUUAACUUGUAAGUUUCAAGCAGUCAUGUUGCAAUUCUUGAGGCCAGCAGCCAACUAGGCCAAAUUGUUAAACCUCAAGUGUGAAUAUUGCAUAGGCUGACUUAAAGUUUAAAUUUUUCCAGGUGAGUUACCUUCUCCUUGAGGUUACAAACAUCAAAAAAAUAUUGGUACUUAAGUUUCACAUAUUAAAUAUUUGACACAUUCACUGCCAAUUAUGCCUUGGUGUAUUUCCUUUUUCAGGAUAUAUUUUUCUGUUUAAGAAGCUGCUUAAUUUUGCAUUAAAAGCCAGGUUGUUGGUUCCUGAUCCACAUAAUCGUUAUUUAAAUGUAAACAAAAUUCCACUUUCAGUAUUGCCAACUACAUGGCAUGUCACACACUGGUAGAAUUAUCCUUACUUAAAUAUACAAAUUUUAUUCUCCCAGAAGUUAUCAUGGAACAUGACUUUAAAAUUCGAUCAUUAACUGUUAGUGUUCCUUGGAGCUGUCUUUUGUAGGGUUAAUUAACUUUGUGUGACACUGCAUUUGUGAUGUAAUUGAUAUAUCUCCACAUCCUCUUCGGCACAGCUGCAGAGUGAAUGAUGCCAAAUAUCUAUCAAUAUGGUUUUUCUUUUCCAUACUCCCUUCAUUCUGUUCGUUCACAACGUACAUUUUAAAGAUUAAAUUUGAUCUGUGUGUGAGAAAUGUCAUUUCUGGUUUUUUUGUCAGAAACAGUUGCUAGCUAUUAUAAAGGUGCAUUUCUUUUCACGUUGGGUACUAGAUGUUUCUUAGUUGGUCAUAACUUGCAAAUUUUUUUUCCCUAUAGAUCUAUUUUGAGUGACUACAUAUUGUUGUUUUCCCAAAAUUUCAUGUUCCUCUUUCAUUGAAACAUAGUUUAUUUUUAUGAAGAUCAUGGACUACAGUGUUGCCCUUCAGUAGUGUGUUGAUCUAGAAGGAAAUAUGAAAUCCCUGGCUACUUUUAAAAGGUACACUAAUGCUCAUGUGUAAGCAAUCAGUAAAGCUCCCACCAAGUACAAAUUAAUCCAAGCUGUUGGGUGUAGUAUUCAUUUUGCACUGUUAUUUGUAAACUUAUAGUUUGUAUGUACAAAAUCAUCCAGCAUUUUGUGUGGUUUCUAUAAAUUGUAUAAAAAUUUUGAAAAUCAAAUUAAUCAAAGUUCUGAAAAGCUACAAGAUUAGAUUUUGGCAGAGCCAGCUUGCUUCUGGAGGGUAUUAAAAAUGGUGGGUGGGACAUUUUAGAGAUUCCCAGGCUGGUAGUUUUGUUGGUACAGAAUUCACUUCCAGCCGUAGCUGGCUCCAUUGAAAGCACAAGCAUCUCGUCUUUGCCCCCACACCUUUGAAAUUUUUUCAUAGAAUUGGACUAGCUUCUCAAGGAGAUGUGGUUCGCAGUCCCUCAGCGGACUUGUUAAACUAUUGUCUGGAUUCUGCAACUCUUUUUAAAAUAUAUGAUUAAAAGGUCUUACCCACAUUGCCUUUGCAUCCUAUAUGAUCAUCUGGAGAAAUGGAUACCUGGCCAUUUGUUCCAGAUAACAUGGCUCAUAGAUAGCCGCAUUAUGAAUACUUAGCUGAAUCUAAGGCUUCGUAUUUGAUUAGUUCAGCAGGGGCCUGUUUUCACAGGUGGGAGUGGAGUCUGCUUUGAUUAAAAGACAACCAAUUUGUUCGUUCUUUUGAUUUAUUUCUUUCAGUAUUUGUUUAUUUGGAUAAAGUUAAGUGUGAAAUAAGAUAAAGUUUAUUAUUUGCUUUUGUAAGUGCAACAAUUUUUUUUCAAAGCAGAUUUCUGAAUGGGUGAUUUUUAUUAGUGUACUUUAAGACUUGCCAUUGCCAUUAUAUGUCACGUUAGUUCUAUACUGUACUGGGUGAGUGGGCAUAAAGGAUGUGGGGUCUCAUGGGAGAGUCUGAGGGCUGAGAGCUAGAGGAACUUAAUAGUCUUUGAUACAAAAUCCCUGAGAAGCAAGGCCAGCCCUAUAAACAGUCUGUUUCCAAAGAGGCCUCACUAUAGCAAUAAAAUGGUGGUCAAGGACCCAUUUUAAAGACACAUCUGUUGAGUUGGGAAAGCUGUUUGGAAAUCUGACUCCUGGUUUCACAAAGUCUGAUACACAAUAAAUUAAGACUGUUGCAUAAGCAAACUACUGAAAUGCUGAAAAUCUGAAAUACAUGAAAAUUUUGAAGCAGCAAGUUUGACAACAUCUGCAGAGAUAGGAACAAUUAACAUUUCAUGUUGUCACAUUUCAGACCAAACGGGCAAAGUUUGAGCAGUAAAACUUCUAAGUGAUACAGGGGGAAGUGUGGAAAAUUUCAAAAGGCUAGGUCUAUUAUGAGAAAUUAAUUAAUGAGAGUUGAUGUGACAAAGCUGAGGCAAUUGAUAAUAGGGGGAGAUAGGCAUGUGCAAAGAGAAGGAACCAAAUGGGCCACAGAUUACAGUCUAAAUUAUGGAAUAUAAUCUCUGGCUCACAUUUUUGUUUCUUUUACUUUACAAAUCUCAAUCUCGUCUUUCCAGUCAAACCCCCUUCACUGUUCUGCCAUUUGCACUGAUCUGGACCCCACUUUUUUCUUUUUGUUCCAUUACCACUACCUUUGGUUCUUCCCCCACAAAUAUUUUUGGCAGUUGAUGUCUCUUGUCUUUCCACCUUAAAACAGACAUUACCUUUUGGUUAGUUUCCUUACAGUUCUAGGAUUUCCCAGUUCUGAUGAAAAGCUAUAACCUGAGGCAUUAACUUAGUUUCUGUUUCCACUGGAGUGUUUCCAAUAUUUUUAGUUCGAACACUGUUCUGUGUUUGCACCAUAAUCCUUGCUGACAGUAGGCUAUUUUCAUUUUGAUAUAUAGUUCAGUUAUAAUGAAAGCUCAUCUUAAUUGGGAAGGGAGGGCAUACAAGGAAGGGGUUGAGAUGCUGACCUUUCAUGGUGCAAGAUAAGUUAGUGUGUCAUGCCACAAAGUUAUAGGAAGUUAGUUUGAUUAUCUUUUUAAUACUGUAUCACCCCCUGCUCCCCACCCAGCUCUGCUGGGGCGGAGGGGGGUGGGGGGAGGGGUUCAUGGUCUUGCUAUCGGAUGCUGCAUUGAAUGCCUGGUAAACUGAAUCACUUCCCCUAGAUGUAGACUAAGGCAAGAGUGAAAUUUUGUUGGAUUCUUUUUGCACCUUAGUAGUACAUGCAAUGCAUGCAUUUCCCUGCUUGCUUGCUCCCUUGGUUUGAGAAUAAUAGUUCUGAUGGAAGACAAUAUUUAUUUGAAUUUAUGUAGAAAACAAUUUGGGUGAUUGGCAAGGGAUUAAGUAACUGGUCUCUAUUCUAUGUGCAUGCAGAGAAUUGGCUGUCUUGAUUUAUCUACCUUUAUUAAGUAUUGUUCUGACUGUAUUGAUACCCUGAUAUCUAUUGAGACAGUUAACCGGUUUGGUGACUUUCUGUAAUGAGACGUGUUUCAAAAUACUAUCAGUCAGGUUUUAAUACAACAAUAUUUAUUGCAAGAGGUACUGCAAAAUAAGUAAUUAUUAAGGUGAAAUAGUUUCUUCAGCCGUUCAACUCUAAUGUCAUUAAUUUCUGAUGAUAAUUGGCUACACUUUCUGAAUUAGAUUUUCUACAAGUGCGUCCCACCCUUUUCCUAAUUACAGUACUCUAAUUUGAAUAAAUAUGUUUUCAUGUGGGGUAGAUCCAAAAAUAUUUAACUAUUCUCACCUUCAUCUUUUUCAGUAAUUAUUAUAACUUCCGAUUAAAGGUUGCUCUUUUAAGCUUUACAAUUUAAAUGGGAAUGUACUGUUUGAAUGGAUACUCCAGUUGGGGGUCUUUAUUAUGUUCAGUGAUUUUAAAAAUGCCUCUUUUUCAGGAUUUCUUUGAGGUGCCUUAUAUUUUCUUCUUUUCAUUUGAAAUUGGAACACAUGAAUGAUUCAAGCAGAUGCUUUUAUUGUCUUCAUUUUCUAACAUUGAUGAUUUUGUGAACUGAGACUGAUUGCUGCCCAUCAUAUCUUUUAACUAAUGUGGAUGGAAUGGUCUGAGAGUAGAUUAAUUGCACCAACUUCUCUAUUAGGAAAUUUGGAUAUUUCAAGCAAUUUCUUUGGCCUAUGUUACACUGCCAAUCUGCGAUAUUCUUUUAAGUCCACAACAUCUGAAUUAAAAAGAAAAAUCAUUUACUACAACUCAAAAACCGCACAACUGUUUAAAGAACAAAAUUAUAUCUCAGCCACACAUAGAAAUAGAAAGUUUAUCAUCGACCACUUUUCUAAUUCAAGCUUCAACCAACCCCAUUAAAAAUGUUGUAAAGUUGAUCUGCAUCAGUAAGGAUAUAUAUAUGUUUUAUUGAAUUGUGACCCACAUUUAAUUGACCAGUGAUAUUAUACUUGAGAAAAGUUUCAAUUAAUAUCAGCAGUAUCCUGACACUUGUUUACUUUCUUCAACUCCUGGCUACUCAUGAUUUAUGUACUAAAUAAUUUUAAAACUGUGAUGAGGCUGAUGAUAGAGACAGGCCUAUGUUCUUGAGAGGUAGUAAAGCUGAUUGUCAUAAUUAUAAUGUAGUGCAACAAAGUUAAUUGUUAUUUUCUCCGCAUCACAUUACUGGUAACUUCUACAGUAAUAUGUUGGUACAAAUAACUGACCGUAUACUUGUACCCAGAUAAUGCAGCUCUGUCGUUUGUACCAUUGACUGCAGAUUGUACCAGUAGUAACAAUGGUACAAAUAUACAUGCUCGCUUCGUAACACAGACAGCACUUUGUGGAAUGCAAUAGAUACAAAUUCUAGAUACUGACCCAUCCCAAUGAGUAUUUUGUGAUUCCGUGAUAAUUGUAGACACCAGAUACUGCAUGAAUCUGGAAUAAUAGAGAUAGGAAUACCACACUGAUUAAGAGGUCUUUACUGGUUUUCAAAAAAAAAAGGUUGGAGGGUGAUUCGUGGGGUUCAUGCUACGCAUUCACUCUAAGCCCACAAUAGUCCUAACUUGAAGAUUUUGAAACCUAUAUAGUCUCCUAAAUUUAGUAUAGCUAGAGAUAAUAUAAUACACUGGUACCAGUAGGUACUGAAUGAAAAAUGUAGCAGAUCUAUGUAGACUGGUACAUUUUGGUACUAUUUUUUUUGGUUGUUUUUUGUUAGUCAAGAAAUAGUCAACACAUGUUGAAACAGGACUACCAGCAUCAUCAUGCAGUUUAGCUAAUAAACACCUAGGUACUGAAGGCUACUAGUGUACGAAACUGAGCACUGACUACCUGUGUUAUGAUUUUAUACAGUAACCUCAAGCCAAAUUCUGGCUAAAUGGGUAUGGCAUACACAAUAUGCAAUUUCUUUUUCUCGAUCUAUUUGUAGCUUAUGAGUUACUAAAUUAUUUCAGUAUUGUGCUGGAAGUCUAUUUCCAGAUAAAAGGAAUUUACAUAUCAUUUGAUAGGUACAGAAGAAAUUAUUUCUUAAAAUUAGUAGUGGAAGGCAACCUAAAAACAAAUGAGGGCAGGUACCUGCUUCCAUGUUAAAGAAAAAGUAAAUUAUGAAGUUAGUAACUUGUUGGUUUCGUCAGACUUUAGUAAAUAUGUUGCAUUUUUUUUCAUAUUGAUCAGUAGUUCUCAAACUUGUGCAUGGAAAGGAAACUUUCAUUGUCCUUUUUCUUUCCAUCAUGGUUGGAAAUUACACACACACCCUGGAAAAGCAAAUGGGAGAUGUGGAGAGGGAUGAAGUACAAAUCUCAAUAAUCAUCAGGUCUUUAUUCAGAAGUGAUUGUCCAAGUUAUUGUCACUGCUAUAAAAUACACUUAAUUUGAAAAAAAGAUAAUUCCGAACCAUUGGCAGAGAGAUGGAAAUGGAGAAUUCCUUUCUAGUAUUCCAUGUGCAGGUACCUUUCCUCAUCUCAUACAAAGUAAAAGUUGCAUCUUCCAGACGAUAGUAUGCUGCUGUAUAAUAAAAAAAACAAAGGUGGAACAAUUAUAUUCCUUCUGUAAAUUAAUUUGACAAAUGGACAUAGUUUUUUUGGCUGUACAGAAAAGUAGACGGUUGAUGCUCUAUAUAUUGCAGUUCCUGCACCACACAUGACAGAAGGUUUAAAAUAUCUAAUUUUAUCUUGCUGUGUCUUCCACUGUAAAUAUUGUUUAGCAGUUUAAUGUUAAUCCACCAUGUAUGUGAAUGGGAGACUGGCUUAGAGUUCUGUAUAGUGUUUAUAUUUAUCACAAAUGCUUUCCAUAGAGCUACAUGCAAUAAAAUUGUGUUCAUGUUA